GCCAAUAACUAACUAACCCUCUGUACGGCAAAUCACUGGAUUGUCCUUCAAGUUUUACGAUAACUCAUCAUGUCAAUUACACACAUCGUGCUCUUCCAGUUCAAAGCUGGUACAGACACCAAAGUCAUCAAAGAUACAUGUGAUCGCAUGAUCGGACUGAAAGAAGAUUGUGUUCACCCUACAUCCAAUAAGCCUUAUAUCAAGGCGUCCUCAGGUGGGGCAGAUAAUUCAAUUGAAGGAAUCCAGAAUGGUAUCACACAUGCAUUCGUCGUUGAGUUUUUCAGCGCAGAGGACCGAGACUAUUAUGUCAGGGAAGAUCCAAGACACAAAGCAUUUGUUCAAAGCCUCAAUGGAGUAAUUGAGAAGGCACAAGUCAUCGAUUUCAUGAAUGGGGUCUUUGACAAGCUUUAGCUACGCCAUGGCCUGACUUAAGAUAACGAGGCUUCAUAUGUCAGGAAAAGACUGUAUUAAUAUCCUUAUCUGAGUGCGUAGCAUCAAC